AUGCCUGGUGCAGACAGCAGAGAGGUUCAAGAGAAACAGCUUUGGAAUGAUGCUGCUGACAAGGAGCAAAGACUGACGCCCAGUAAACGCAACUGUGCUGGAAAUGUGUCUCAGCCUGAGAAGAAACUCCAAGAGGCCAUUUGUGUGCUGCUGGUGGAGUUGUGUGAGAGAUUCACAUUCUUUGGCAUUGUCUGCAACAUGAUCCUCUUUUGCACUGUCAGACUUGGCUAUCGCAACUACCAGGCAGCUAUUGUCAAUAUGUGCUUUGUAGGCACCUCCAUGUUGACACCAGUGCUGGUUGGCUGGCUUGCCGAAUGCCUCGUGGGAAGGACCAAGCUUGUGUGCAUCUGCAUGUUUCUACACUUCCUAGGCACAGCCCUGCUACCUGUUGUGGCUUUCCCAUUUGAAGACAUUUACAUUGACAGACGACACAUUCUUCUUCAUACGCUAACAAAAAAAGAGCAGAAAAUAGUAUUCUACUUUGCACUACUCACAGCUAGCCUGGGAAUAGGAGGCAUAAGAGCUAUAGUUUGUCCAUUAAGUGCAUACAACCUUGAGAACUGUGGACCAAAGGAACUUCUUUCUUUUUUCAACUGGUUUUAUUGGUUGAUUAACUUAAAUUCAGCGGUUGUCUUUGUCAGUAUCUCUUAUAUCCAGCAGUCUGUGGCCAGGAACCUUGGUUUCCUUAUCCCAUUUGUGUCCAUACUUAUGUCCAUGAUCACAAUUCACAUGGUGCGUGGUGAAAUGAUUUACAAACCCAAAACAGACAGUUCCCUUCUGACGACUUUUGGGGUAAUUGCUAGUGCACUGAAAACUUGCUGUGUGCGGUAUCGCUACUUUGGUGGAGGUGUAACAAACUGGCUAGAUCACGCCAAGGAAAAUUAUGGUGGUCAGUACAGUGAGAUUCAAGUGGAAAGCACAAAGUCACUUGCCAGGCUCUUCCCACUGUUUGCUUUCCAAAUUCUAUACAGAACGUGUAUUAUGCAGAUUCCAUCAGGAUAUUAUCUCCAAACCAUGAAUUCCAACUUGAACUUCAGUGGAUUUGUCUUGCCAAUUGCAGCAAUGAAUGUAAUAAGCAUCGUGCCACUACUGAUUCUUGUUCCUAUUUUGGAAUGCAUUAACUCAUGUCUCUUCAGUUCCAAGGGAAGUGGACGUUCUCCUACAAUUUAUAUCGUUGUAGGUCAGUUAUCUGCUGCAGUUUCUGUGAUGGUUGCUGGUUUCUCUGAAAUACACCGAAAGCAUUUCCCUCAGGUGGAACAGACCCUUUCCGAGGAGAUUCUCCUGGUCUCCUCCAUGCCUUGCUUCCACUUAGCUCCUCAGUAUGUCUUACUUGGAGUGGCUGAAGCCUUGGUAACACCUUCCUGUUCAUUGCUAUCAUUCUGGCUUGUGCCAGAAAGAAUUCGAGGUAUUUCCAUGCAUUUUUUAACUGUCUUCAAUGGAGCUGGCUGCUUUAUGGGAGCUUUCUUUGUUCAGACAGCCCACACAGGCACUCAAGGCAACUGGUUUCCACACUUGCUACAUGAAGGUAAAUUGGAGAGAUUCUUCUUCUUCUUGGCUUCCUUAAUGAUGGUGAACACCCUGGGGUUCUGGACCAUUGCACACAGAUACAACAAUCUGAAUCAGGAAUACACCAGUGAGUUCAGAGGAGCUCUUCCUGAGGAAAAACUUCUGAAACAUGACAAAGACAUCAAGCACUAUGAUAGUGUCCUGGAUUGCUCUCCCAUUUUGUCUCCUGUGGAGACAACCUGAUCAAGUUUCCCCCUUGUUGGACUCAAUGUUGAUUGUUACCUACCAGCUUUCUAAUGAUAAAUUAUCUAGUGUACCUUUAGUGGA